CGCGGCGGGAGCCUGCGAGUUGAGCCGCGCCGUUCGAGAUCAGCAGAGCGGAUCUACAUCUUCUCCUUGAUGUCGCCUCAACGCCUGUGUAGGGCUGCACAUGGUUUCACCUAAAACCUCCUCAGCGACUCUGCUGCAUACUGCCACAGAAAGGAUGAUAAUGAGGGAAAUGAAAGGAGGUCACGGCUGGAGGUGCAGCCCUCGCUAGAAGAACGCAUUCUCCCCUUUUCCCCCUCCAACAUCACCCACUGCUGCUGUCCACCCUCCACCUCUGAGCGCCAUGGCCAACCACCUGGAGCUCAUCCAAGAGCUGCAGCAGCUGGACAAGGUGCCCAGUCUGGAGAGGCUUCGGGCGGCACAGAAGCGCCGCGCCCAGCAGUUGAAACGAUGGGCCGUGUACGAGAAGGAAAUGCAGAACAAGAAACGAAAGGCUGACAAGAAGACUCGCAAUGCCUACAAUCUCGGUCAGUCAGAGCCCAAGAGACACGUGUCAUUUGCUGCCAGUGUUGCUCUUCUGGAAGCAUCGGCGAGAAACGAUCCAGAUGAAGUUCGCUACCUGCUGAGGAACAACGUGAGUCCAGACCUCUGCAAUGAAGACGGCCUCACCGCACUGCAUCAGUGUUGUAUUGACAACUACGAGGACAUGGUGAAGAUCCUGCUGGACCGAGGAGCCAGUGUCAAUGCUCAGGACAACGAACUGUGGACUCCUCUGCACGCUGCUGCUACUUGUGGCCAUACUGGACUUGUCAAGAUACUGAUUGUACAUGGUGCAGAUCUGCUGGCUGUCAACUCGGAUGGAAACAUGCCCUAUGAUCUGUGUGAAGACGACCCAACACUGGACAUCAUUGAGACAGCCAUGGCCAACAGAGGCAUCACCCAGGAGAUGAUCAAUGAGACACGAGCUGCAACGGAGAGGAGGAUGCUGGGGGACAUCCAGGAGCUGCUCAGGCAGGGAGAGGAAGUCAACAAGCAGGAUGCUCAGGGGGCCACACUGCUGCACAUCGCAGCGGCGAAUGGCUACGUGCAGGCUGCAGAGCUGCUGCUGGAGGGGGGGGCUCGCGUGGACCUGAGAGACUCAGAUGGAUGGCAGCCUCUUCAUGCUGCAGCAUGCUGGGGUCAGAUGCACGUGGCAGAGCUGCUGGUGUCGCAUGGAGCCAGUCUCAACGCCAAGACCUUCUUAGACGAGACUCCCAUCGAUCUGUGUGAGGAUGAGGAGUUCAGGGCCAUCCUUUUGGACCUGAAACACAAACAUGACACGAUCAUGAAGUCUCAGCUCAAGCAUAAGACCUCGCUGUGCAGGCGCACCUCCAGCGCAGGCAGCCGUGGCAAAGUGGUGCGGCGAGCCAGUCUGUCAGACAGACACAACUUAUGUCGCAAAGAGUAUGAGACUGAGGCCAUUGUGUGGAGGGGAGGAAGGGAGGAGGAAGAGAAAGAGAAGGAGUCGGAUCAGGAAAACAAUCAGGUCAAGUCGGUCGUCGCUGUGGAGCUGCCCGACAAACCCAAGCUGCCCACCAUCCUUAAAGAUGGCAGCAACAAACAGAACGGCCUCAUCUGCACGACGGCGUCCACGCCGGCUCAGCCGCCUGUCAACGGCGGCACGCCGUUACCUGCGAAGGGCGGGGUCGUCACCGUCCAGCCGUCCCAGGAGGAGGGGAGAGAGCGCGGUCAGACUUUGUCGGAGUUAAAGAAACAGAGGGCCGCUGCUAAAAUGCUGAAUCACCCUUUGUUGAAUGGUCACCUUGGCAACGGCUCCACAGAGUCCUUCUUUGACGCCAAAAGCAGUUCCGAGGACCCCCGCAUGCCACUGGUUUCCUCCAACGGCAACGCGGUUUACUACACGCCGACCAGCGGCGACCCGCCCCUUCUCAAGCUGAAACAGCCGAUGGAGGAGGAGCUGCCUAAGGCGAGGACCUGCUGCUGCGUGUGCUAGCACGGCGGUCAUGUGACCGCUGACGUCAGCGGAAGCCCUUUCAUCCACGUGCUUUAGAGGGAGAGCAGGAAGGACGUUUAACAUCCCGUUCCUCCUUACAUCUCAGUUUUGUUCAGAGGGUGGUCAGAAAACUUCUCCCUCCUGCCAAGGCGUAUUUGAAACGUAGCAAAGUUGGGGAAAAAUAUGCAGUGCCACAAUAUCUGCAGGAUGUCCGUAAAUCAAACCUUUUCACUAAAAAAUGUGAAAAAAUCUGAACCAGGAAACAAGAAAAGUCACAAAGUAGAGAAUGUUCAGCUCUCCGUCCUUUCAUUUGUCUAUCAAACAUUUCCUCCAGGACAAACACAGUGUCUGACUGCAACUUUCUGCUCUUUCAACUGUUUCCUCUCAUCUGCAGAUUCACAGAGAGGCUCAUUACAGGUGCCUCAUGUUGGUCUACUGAGCCCCACAGCACCAAAAGACCUUGCACAUCCAUUCUGAAUUCUGCAUUUUGCCUAAAUACUUCCAGGAAAGUGAAAAGCGCCAUCUGAAACUCACUCUUUCACCUUUUCCUCCAGAAGCCUCAACUGACAGCUCAUCCUUUGUGUUUCGUGUGACCCACUUUGUGCUCACUCACAUAAUUUAAGCCCACGUGGUUGAAAAUGACUGUACAUUUAUUUAUAAAACUAAUGUGUAAAAAGAAAAAAACAAGAGAUGAUGGAUCCUAAUUGAGUGUAUUUAUUACUUGGAUGCUGUGUGGAGAGUGAAUGCAGUACGAGAUGAGCUGGAGGUGGAGCAACGCACCUUCUGAUAUGAACAAAGUGGGCAAGAUUAUGAAGUGAAAUCCAGGUUUUUGUUUUCUUUUUUUGUACAUGUUGUGAAAUACGAGCCAUCCUGUCGGGGUGGGUUCAUGCUUGUGUCACUACAAAUAACAGUGUUAUUUGUUUUUGUUUUUCCUGGUGGCCAUUGUGUGGCUUAAGAUUUUUCCCAAUCACUGUAUUUGUCUUUCUAACAGAAAAUGUUAAUGCUAUGGAAUGAAUUGCUGAAAACUGGGUAAGAAUUUUUGGAAAUAUGUAAAAAAAAAAUUAAAAAAUCUAUUUUGAAAGCAUGCAUGAGCACCAAAAUACAGAUAAGGAUUUGUCAUUUUUGGAAACUUUUGCUGAGAGUUACAUGAGAAAAGCAGUGUGCUAAGAGUUAAAUUAGCACAGCUAAAAGGCUAAUAGAGAAGAAUUUACCCCCAUUCAGGUUCUAUAUUUCUGCAGCUAUCUACAAAUCUGUUUCAGCAGAAAGACGAUUAAAUUCUGUUUCCCUUCAUGAGCCGCUGCACUGCAUCAACCCUGUUGUAGCUGCUGAAUAUUCUUCCUGCAUGACUGCUCCUUUGCUGUCAGAUAACUGAAUAGUGUCAUCCAUACACAAAUGAGUUGGUUACUUUAUUAUAUUUCCUCAUUGAAUUACUGCUGAAUGUCUUCUUCCAUUAAGGUCUGGGUCAUUUGGUGUUUUAUCAUUAGAGUGAAAAUGAAUGAGGCUUUUUUUUUUUAUUUGGUCUUAAAUUGGCUCAUUAAUAAAUAUGCAACCUGUUUUUCAUUGUUUAUUUACAGUUUUAUUGAUCAUCCUGAAGGUUUUGUUUGAUCUCUGUAAACCAAAAUCUGAACAUUUUUAUUAAUAAUUCAAAUUAAAAAGGCAACUUUACAGUGAUUUACUGUUCCACUUUAGUAUAAGUGAGAUAUUGUUGAUUUUUCAGACAUGGCUGCCUUGUUUUUUUUAGUUUUUUUACUGAUAUGAACUUUCUCAUGUAACGCUCAAAGCGGAGUUUCAUUCCCCUGAUCUUCUCAUUUUUUAAGUGCCAAAAAACAUCUCCUGUGAGUUAAAAUUUAUAAAAGUUAACUAAAAAGCUGUCAAGAUGUUUUAAAAAAAAAAGUAAAUUACCCAUAAUGCCAUUUUUUUGCCCCAUAGCAUCAUCUGUUCACUGUCAAAUAUUUGUACAGAUGAGUUUGUAAAUACAUUCCUCUCCUUGUAUCUUCUACCUUUAAUUUUUGUUGCUUUUGAAGAACAAAUUGGGGGGGAAAGUAUUUGUACUGGUGAGCAGUAUUGUGUGUGGGGGGACUGUUAGACUGUAGCACCUCUUUUCUAGCCCUAAAGCUCAAACGUGUUCAGAUGUCUUUGCUGGUUUAAGAUCGGUGUUUGUGCAUCUUUCUCAGAGAAUCUCGAAUCUGUUUUGGUGUGUAUGUUUGCUCUAUUGCAAACUACAUUAAAAAAUAUACACAAUUCCAACUGCAGGUCCGUGAAAUUCAGCCAUGUGUGACUUUGAACUGUUCGUCAGAAAAGCGAGUGUUAAAAAUUAACCUACCCUCCAGUAAUCUACUCAGAUCGAUGCUCGUGUUGAACUGCAGACUUCAUCGUCCCUAAAGAUUUCAAGAAAGGAGUUAAACUACUGAUUUUGUAAUUACUGGAAUAAACAUCAGUGGUUGCAUUAACAUUUUGAAUAAAUUGUAUAUUUUGAAAAUUGUA